CCCAGCCCCGUCUCUCAGUACUCUCUAGCUCGUCUCGCCGUUUCCCCCCAACACCGCUCUUCGUCCCUUCGUGUGACUCUCACUCCGCUCCGGACAUGGCAAAAAACACCCCCAGCCCUCCGCCGAGGGCAAGAUCUCGCCGGGGCGCGGCGCCGACGUCGCCAACCCCAGCCGCCGCUCUGAGCCCUCCUUUCUCCCUUGCCCCACUGCGCACCCGCCUUGGCGCUGCUGCUGCUGCUGCGGCGGCGGCGGCCGCCGCCGCCGCCGCCGCCUCCUCAUCCCCCGUCGAGCACCCAUGCGUCACGCUGUGGGAAUGGUGGCCGGUGAGGGUGGAAGGGGAGGAGCGGAAACUCGCGGUUUCCGGCUUCACUGAAAGGAAUGACGCAUUCACUUCUGCACCCAUAGCACAUCGUUAUGAGCCUCUCACGCUCCAGGAUGAAGGUGGGGUUGUGGUGCUCCUUCAUGGUUCAAUUAGCUUGUUGCGAAUGCGUCAAAAUGGAUUUUCUGUGCAGAUAUGCGAACAAUUCAUGAUUGGAUUUCCGUCCUGGUGGGAGACUUGGGAUUCGCACAUGGAGUCUUACCCAAACUGUUUUAUUGAUCCACGAGAGGGUUCAGCUCAGUUUUACCUGGAGAAAUUCCAGCUAGGCAAUUUUAUUCAAAAGUUUGGACCCUCGUUCAUCGAGGACCUUCUUAAUAAUGCUAAAAAUUUCCCAAUCGACCAUCUCGAUGCAUUCACAGAGAGUUCAAGAUUCCAGGAACACAACUGUGGAAAUGAUGCUUCAACCAACGAAAAUUCUGCUGCUUCAGAUGAUGCCAGACCCGCAACUGUAGCUAAUGUGGAAAUAGGCUUGACUACGAGCAGCACUUCACAAGAAAGAGAUCAUGUGGACAUUGAGUGUAAUGUAUCUCUUGCUCCUGCAGAAACAUAUACUGGUGAUGAAACUUGCAAAGAGGCAGGAAAUCAGAAUGACACUAUGCAUCCAGAUGCAAGGGAAGACAAUGCUGGUAGCCAUCUUUUCAACUCCGAUUGGACUUGCACUAUGUGCCCUGAUCAUAUGCCCAAUGACUCAGAAGGUGGAAAUGCCACCCGUGCUGAAAAUGACACCAUGUCCCCUGAUCAUAUGUCCCCUGAUAAUAUGCCCAAUGACUCGGAAGGUGGAAAUGCCACCAGUGCUGAAAACUCAGUAGAACUGCUGGGUAAAUAUCCUUUAGCCGUAGUACUGCCUGAAAGUGCUAAUUGCUGCUCAGAGAUUCCUGGUGCUUCUCAAAGUGUUGAACCCUCAAGUUAUCAAAGUACUCCAGUGGCUUCACUGAAGAAUCAACACUGCUUGGAAACAACUGAGCACAUCACAUUGACUCAGAAGGCAGUAUCAAAUGAAGAUACACCAUCUUCAAUUCACUCAGAUGUGCAAUCCCAGGAAAAACAGACUGUAGGUUCAGCAGAGAAGCGGAGAUCUGCAAAGCAAGUGUUGGAGCGUCCUACUAGAUCGCCAAUGACCAGAACUUCAGCCCCAUAUGUGCAUAAAUCUCGGCUUACUCGUUCUAGGGCCCAGUCAUUAUCUAUUUCCACACCCGAGUCUCUCAAAAUGAGAAGAACCAAAUCAGGUCGAGUGGUAGUACCCCAAUUGGAUCCAGGAAGGAGUAGGAUUGUCUAUGACAACAAUGGGUUGAUUUCAGGCGUUGCUCCUGUGGAUGGUUUGUUGAGAAGCUCCCCUGCCAAAUUUGCAUGCCAUAUACUACGUAUAUAGCUUUCCCUCCUUGGUAAGCAUAAUAAUCACGCGUGUCCUUGGGUGAUAGGGAAGAAGUCAGCGAGACCUGCAAAGAACACAAGGGGGCCUCUCUGAAUGACCUCUUGGACUGUCCGGAAGCUAACAACCUGGAAUUUCGACAUGGAAGUCCCAAGGCUCCAGCACCAGCACCAAGCGGUCGGCGACAGUAUAAGAUCCACUUGUUUGUACGGUGGAACAUCUCUGCUGGAUAUUUGCUGAUUAGGACCUUGUAACAGCAGAUGUGGGCAGCUUUUAUUUCCAUUUUGUGUGUCCCAUGCCCUAACUAACUAAAUCUUACUGGAGUGCCACAAACAUGGCAUGUCUUGCUCUUAA